AUGGCGUCACGAUUGCCAAUCCUAGCAGCGCUGGCUUUCCUCUUCCUCGGCCAAGUCGCAGGCUCUCUCUUACCUUUUCCCUUGCCGAUUCCGGUUCCUGGUGUCGGCUCGGGUGGGACGGUAUGCACGUGGAAGCAAUUCGUUGGGGAGAUGAAGCAACUGCGGAAAGCCUUAGCAAAACGGCCGAGGAAGUACCGGGUCAUGGCUCUCGUACUGAAACGAGCGAUUAAGGAGCUCGAGGGCGACACGUCAGCACCUGGAGUUCCAACGACCACAUUUCUUAUCCCCACCAACCGUGGCAUUGACCAAGCAGCCUCGAUGCUGGAGAGAAUGCAGCUUAAAGCCGACGCUAAGACCAAGCAGCUGCAGCAGGAGUUGGUAGAGAAGAGAAGGCAGGCAGAGGAGCUAGAGGCCAAACUGAAGACUCUGGAAGCACAGUCCGCAGCAGCAGCAGCUGGAGGCGUUACUACUACCCUUCCUCUUGCCACCGCCACCACUGCUGCAGCUGCCACUGUUGCUUCGGCGAUCCCCAUCGCCUCACUAUCCACCCGGCCUGCUCCAUCCCCAAUCAAGCUGCUUCAUUCCACUAGCUUCGGAGCCUCAGGCACGUCUGGCUUGGCCCUGCGCCUCCCUUCCUUCUACUCCCUCGGAGCCCCUCUUUCCCCGACCGGUAGGGGAGGGAGCAGCAGUGGAGGAGCGAUGGCGUUAGGGUUUGGUCGGGGGGGAAUCACUCCUGCUGUGGCUGCUCUCUCGGGAAUGCCGACCACUCCUGCUGAUCCGUGUGAGGCAUUUCCAAGCAGUCGCAGCGAUGGCAAUGCGGGCAGCGGUGGCGGCGGCGGUGGGUUUGUUGGAGAUGCUUCGACUCGGGUUGCUCUGUUUACCUCUCAGGACAACGAGUGGGCAGGCAGGGACGGAUUCAACCAGUACGGUUCUGGUUCUGGUGGUGCUGGCGGUACUGGUGGUAUUGGUGCUGGUGGUGGUGAGGCUUGGUUGGGAGAUGGAGCGGUAACUGUGCCUGUGGAAGCAAUAGAUAACACCACGUACCUCACCUGGGCUGCUCAGCGCCAGCACACUCGCAGCUACAGCCUUCAUCUCAUAGGCAGCGGGGUACCUCCGCCUCCUCCCUCUCCCCUUCCUCCACCUCUUCUUCCACCCCCUCUUCCCCCUCCUCCUCUUCCUUCUCCGCCGCCUCUGCAAUUCCAACCCACGCUUUCUGCAGCUUUUCCUGCUGCUGGUGGUGGUGGUGGUGCUGCUGCUGUUUCUGGUGUUCGGGCAGCAGCAGUGGCUGCAGGCGCGAGGGUUCUAGGCUCCUCCGCAACCCUUCUUCCCGGGGGGGGUAGAUCCGCCCCCUCAUCCCCUGCUGUGAUUCCCCACCCCCGCGCGCUUGGCUUCGUGACUGUUGACGACGCCCCCCUAGAGGCCUUUGACACGGCUCCUCAGCAGCAGACACCAGUUCAAACUCCGUUGUUUGAGAAUUAUCAAAAGACGGAUUCUGCUCCCCAGCAGCAAACACCAGUUCAGAUUCCGGUUCCUCCCCAGCCUCGCGCGCUUGGCUUUGAAGCUGCUGAGGACGCCACUCGGAAAGCACUGGAGCAGUCAAAGGGCGUGAAAGAGGGGAAGAAGGGAGGUUCAGGUGAAAGAGGAGAGGGUGCGGACGACCGAGGGGAGGAGGAUGGAGAGGGGAACGAGAUGGAUCCUGCAGAACUGUUGCUUGUGGCAGCUGCAGUGCAGGGUUUGGCUGGUGAGGUGGAGAAAGGAGGGGGAGGAGAGGAGGGAGAGUGCAGAAGGGAGGAGGGAGAGGGUGGGCGUGGGCAGGAGAGUGAGGGGGAGAGUGAGGAAGAAGAGAGGGAUGAGGAAGAGGAGGAAGAGGAAGAGGAAGAAGAGGAGGGGGAGGACGAGGCAGAUGAAGCAGAGGAGGUGGAUGAGGGAAAGGAGGAAGAGGAGGAAGAAGAGGAGGAAGAGGAGGAGGAAGAGGAGGAAGAAGAGGAAAAAGAGGAAGGGGAUACGGAGGUAGAGGAGGGGGAUGGACAAGUGGGAGGAGAGGAGAGCGAAGAGGAGGGGGAAGAGGAGAGAGAGGGGGGAAGGGAACCGGAAUCUGGAGCGGAGGAAAGGGAGCAAGGGAAGCAUCAAAGGGAAGGGGAGUGUGGUGAAGCGGCAGGUGAGUGUAACGAGUACGGAAAAGAGUGCAGGGAAUGGGGAAAAGAGUGUGAUGGGGAAGAAGCGAGGUAG